CCACAGAGAUCGAUCUGUGAUGGCUCCAGCGCCGGGUCUGGGGGUGCUCCUGGGGCUCCUGGCGCUCCUGGGGGCCCCGGGGGGAGCGACGAGAGUUCUCCACUCCCUGCGUUACCAGUAUGUGGCGGUGUCAGAGCCAGGCCCGGGGCUCCCCCAGUACAUGGAAAUGGGGUACCUGGAUGGGAUCCCCUUUGACCGAUAUGACAGCGAGCGGGGCCGGGCAGAGCCACUGACACCGUGGAUGAAGGACGGACCCGAGCCGGGAUAUUGGGAAAGUGAGACUGAGAUCUCCAAGGGGAACCAGCUCGUGAAUGCCAGGAACCUGGAGACGCUGCAGGGCCGGUACAACCAGAGCAGGGGUCUCCACACAGUGCACCAGGUUUAUGGCUGUGACCUCCUGUCUGAUGGGAGUGUCCGUGGAUUCCGCCAGGAAGGCUACGAUGGGUGGGAUUUCGUCUCCUUCGAUCCGGGAUCCAAGAGCUUCGUGGCGGCCGACAGCGCUGCCCAGGUCACCACGAGGCGCUGGAAUGCUGACAAGAACUAUAUAGAGCAUUGGAUGGAUUACCUGGAGCACACCUGCAGGGAAGAGCUCCAGGAAUAUGUCAGAUACGGGCAGGAGGAGCUGGAGCGCAAAGAGCCCCCUGAUGUCCACGUGUCUGGAAAAGAGGAAUACGGGAUCCUGACCUUGUCCUGCCACGCGUACGGAUUCUACCCCAGGACCAUCGCAGUCAGCUGGAUGAAGGGGGAUGAAAUCCGGGAUCAGGAGACGCAGUGGGGCGGGAUCGUUCCCAACAGCGACGGCACCUUCCACACCUGGGCCAGGAUCGAGGCGCAGCCGGAGGAGCGGGAGCAGUACCGGUGCCGGGUGGAGCAUCCCGGAAUGCCGGAG